CGCGCCACGCUCGACCGUGCCGCCGCUCCCCGCUCCCGCGCCCGCGGCUCGCGAGUGCUCUUCGAGUGAUGACGACUUGUGACUAGUGCCAUGUUCGUGCUUCGCUGUGUCCUGGUCGCGGCGCUCGUAGCCGCCGCCGCCGCCGCCUGGCAGGAGAACGUCCGCCCCAAGGUCUUCGCACAAUUAGGGGUCGACGACACACACAAGUUCCUCGGCAACGAGACACACACAGAUUACUUCAGAUUAUUGUUGCGAGAUGGCAACUAUUUGUUAGUAGGCGGCAGGAACGUUGUCUACAACCUAAGUUUGACUGAUCUAACUGAACAGCGAAGACUCGUGUGGUACUCGCCAGAAAAUGACGUCAAAAUGUGCGUCGUCAAAGGAAAAGACGAGGAGAGCUGUCAGAACUACAUCAGGGUCCUGGUGUCUCUCGCACCAGGACGUCUGCUCGUCUGCGGGACGAACAGCUUUAAGCCGUUCUGUCGGGAGUACAGCGUCCAGCGCGACUCCUAUCACAUGGAGCGAGAGAAGUCUGGGCAGGCCGUCUGUCCGUACGACCCUGAGCAUAACUCCACUGCUGUUUAUGCUGAUUCGGAGUUGUACUCGGGCACGGUGGCUGACUUCAGUGGUAUGGAGCCCAUCAUAUACCGGGAGCCUCUACAGACGGAGCCAUACGACUCCAUGACCUUGAAUGCUCCCGAUUUCGUGAAUUCAUUAGUACAUGGAAACUUCGUGUACUUUUUCUUCAGAGAAACAGCUGUCGAGUACAUCAACUGCGGGAAGGCGGUGUACGCGCGUGUGGCCCGCGUGUGCCGCGACGACCGCGGCGGGCCGCACCGCUUCAAGCAACGCUGGACUUCCUUCCUCAAAUCGCGGCUCAACUGCUCCGUUGCCGGAGACUUCCCCUUCUACUUCAAUGAGAUCCAAUCUACAACAGAGCUGAUAGAAGGCGUGUACGGAGGUCUAAACGCCCAGCUGAUAUACGGGACAUUCACAACACCACCAAACAGUAUAUCAGGCAGUGCGGUCUGCGCAUUCAGCAUGCAAGACAUUGCUGAUACCUUCGAAGGGACCUUCAAGGAGCAAAGCGCUAUCAACUCUAACUGGCUUCCUGUUAAUAGUGCCAAGGUACCAGAGCCUCGCCCAGGGACGUGUAGCAACGACUCCAGACAACUACCAGAUCAGACGCUCAACUUCAUUAAAACCCAUACACUGAUGGACGAAUCAGUUCCGGCGUUCUUUGGAGAACCCAUUGUAAUCAGGACUAGUUUCCACUAUCGAUUCACACAAAUCGCCGUGGACCCUCAAGUCAAAACUCCUGGAGGGAAAGCAUACGACGUGCUGUUCAUUGGAACAGAUAACGGUAAAAUCAUAAAAGCAAUCAACGCAGUCUCGUACGACUCCAACAAGCGAGCCGUGCCUGUAGUCAUCGAGGAGCUGCAGGCCUUCGCAGCUGGAUCGCCAGUGCGGGCUUUAAGAGUCGCUAGGGCUGGUAGAGAUGCCGCGAGACUGAUAGCUGUGUCUGAUCGAGAGGUGCUCAGUCUGCGGCUGCAUCGUUGCUCCAGUGAUAAGAUCAGCUCUUGCUCCGAAUGCGUAGCGCUACAAGAUCCGUACUGCGCAUGGGACAAGCAGGCGGGCAGAUGUAGAGCAUAUUCCCACGGAGUCAGUCGCUGGCUCGACGAGAACUCCUUCUAUCAGAGUGUCAGUACUGGGAGCCAUGCUGCCUGCCCACAUAGCAAGGACGCCGGCGCCGUCGGUGGGCUUAGUUCGGGACUUUAUGAUGACGCCAGAGGAGAGAACAAGGGAGAAGUCAUCAAUAUUGUGCAAGAUAAGGAUGGAAAAGGCGGGAACAGUAACAGUGAAGGUCCAGAAGUACUAGCCGCGGAUCCCCCGCCUGCAGCGUACUCCGUGGAGACCCUCGCGCUGGCCGUGGCGGCGGGAGCGCUCGCGGCCCUCGGCGCCGGUUUCGCUGCAGGCUACAUCUGCGGACGUCGCUGCAAGAAGGACGAAGACGACAACAUGCCCUACCCCGACACCGAGUACGAAUACUUCGAGCAACGGCAGAAUAUUAACAGAAUCCAAGCAGAACCAAAACUCUUGCAACAAGUAGAAGAAGUGACGUACGCUGAGCCAGUGCUAGCGCCGCAGCCGAAGCCGGCUUCUCCGCGGGCCACGCUUCGGAAACACCCCCCCUACCACCCGCACCAUGAGACCCUCUUCCAGUUCCAGCCGGACGCCUACCGCCGCGACAACUUCGGCACGCUGCGCUCCCAUCAGUUAACGCAGGAAUAUUCGGACCGCAGGGCGACGGCUACCGGCGCGGCAACGACAACGGUUUCUCGACUACGCGCUCAGUAAAGAAGGUGUACCUCUGAGAAACAAGCGGGGCGGACUCGCGCGACCAGAUGCACCACCAUAAGCAUAAUACGCACCACCACCAUACGUUGGUGUCGCAGCGCAGCAGCGGCUCGGGCUCCGGGUCGGGCAGCGGCGGCGGCUCGUCGUCGUCGCCGUCGCCGCC